UCUCCGCUCAGGCGGACGCGCGGGCGCCCGGGCGCUGCGCCGCCGGGACCCGGGAGGCUCAGCCGGCCGGCGCGGGGGCGCGGCCAGAGCGCAGCGGGGCGCCCGGGCGGGGUCCGCGCCGAGCCGCCGCCUCGGCCGGCUGGUCCCUGCGGCGGCUGCCUGGGCUGCCCGGGCGCACGGCCCUUCGCCAUGUAUACCUUCGUGGUGCGCGACGAGAACAGCAGUGUCUACGCCGAGGUCUCUCGGCUGCUCCUCGCCACCGGCCACUGGAAGAGGCUGAGACGAGACAACCCCAGGUUUAACCUGAUGCUGGGAGAGAGGAACCGCCUGCCCUUCGGGAGACUGGGUCAUGAGCCUGGGCUAAUGCAGUUGGUGAAUUACUACAGAGGGGCUGACAAACUGUGCCGAAAAGCUUCCUUAGUGAAGCUACUCAAGACGAGCCCAGAACUGGCUGAGUGCUGCACAUGGUUCCCUGAGUCCUAUGUGAUCUAUCCAACUAAUCUUAAGACUCCAGUUGCUCCAGCGCAGAAUGGAAUCCAACCACCCAUCAAUAACUCAAGGACAGAUGAAAGAGAGUUCUUCCUGGCUUCUUACAACAGAAAGAAAGAAGAUGGAGAGGGUAACGUUUGGAUUGCAAAGUCAUCAGCUGGUGCCAAAGGUGAAGGCAUUCUCAUCUCCUCCGAGGCUUCAGAGCUUCUCGAUUUCAUAGACAACCAGGGCCAAGUGCACGUGAUCCAGAAAUACCUUGAGCACCCUCUGCUUCUCGAGCCGGGUCACCGCAAGUUUGACAUUCGAAGCUGGGUCUUGGUGGAUCAUCAGUAUAAUAUCUACCUCUAUAGAGAGGGUGUGCUUCGGACUGCUUCAGAACCAUAUCAUGUUGAUAACUUCCAAGACAAAACCUGCCAUUUGACCAAUCACUGCAUUCAAAAGGAGUACUCAAAGAACUAUGGGAAGUAUGAAGAAGGGAAUGAAAUGUUCUUCGAGGAGUUCAAUCAGUACCUAACAAGUGCUUUGAACAUUACCCUAGAAAGUAGUAUCUUACUACAAAUCAAACAUAUAAUAAGAAGCUGCCUCCUGAGCGUGGAGCCUGCCAUCAGCACCAAGCACCUCCCUUAUCAGAGCUUCCAACUCUUCGGCUUCGACUUUAUGGUGGAUGAGGAGCUGAAGGUCUGGCUCAUUGAGGUCAACGGUGCCCCUGCUUGUGCUCAGAAGCUUUACGCAGAACUGUGCCAGGGCAUCGUGGACAUAGCCAUAUCCAGCGUCUUCCCACCCCCAGAUAUGGAAGCACCGCAGACCCCACCGGCCGCCUUCAUCAAACUGUGAUGCCCAGAGCUGCCUUGGAAAAAGCUGAGGGCCCUGCGCCAGGGGCUGGUGAGAUGGCCGAAUUGCUCAUGACCAAGCCAAAGCGAGGGGAAGGAAGGCAACUCGAAAAGAUGGGACGGAAGAGAGCAUGUGAGCAGGGAAGGCGACUCCCCCAGUGUAGGUUGCUAGGGGAGUGGCCCAGGUGGAGCUCUCAACAAUGCUGCCAAGACUUUUGAAAACUGAAGCAGAUGUCUCUGAAGGAAGAGCAAAAUAUUCUUCUAAGGGGAGACAGCCAGGGAUUUGGUUGUUUUAGGUUCUCAUCCUUCAAAACAACCUUGGUACUCAAAGGCAGCCUUGUGAGUAGAGAACUUUCCCCUGUCUCUGGGGAUAGUGGGCCUCCAGGACCUCUGGUUGGUGCCCCCCACCUGCUAUAGCCCCAGUGCCUUAACUCUGUACCCGCUGCAGCUCCGCUGUUCUGGGACUUGGAGUGGACGUCAAAGCAUCUUGGAGGUCACCCAUGUGUUCCCCGCUCAUCCUCUCAUGACAUCCUGCCCCCUAAACUCUGGACAAGCAUGCACCAACAGUCCUUAGUUUCAUGCUAUGCGCCAGCCUCUUGGCAAAGGCGGUUUUUCUCAUCACCUUCCUGAUGGUGUUUGGUCAGUUGCCGGUCAGGGUUCCUGUAGGUCAGGCCCAGAGCAAACUGCUGCUCUAGGUCUGCUCUCUGCAUGUUUUAGAAACAAAGUGGCAAGUCUGCCCUGAACAUGUAAGCAUCAUAUAAGCAUGAGAGAGAAAAAACAUAUCUUGCUUUGCUUAAAUAGGUUGGGUGUGGUGGGUCUUUGAAAAUAUGAGGAUUUUUCAGUUAUCUUUGUUUUAACCAGAAUGCUAAAUGCAGCUUUGCAAAUUUCCCUUGACUAUUUUUUAGAUCUUUGUCAAAAAACCUUUAGGAGUCAGGAGAAAGUAGAAUUCCAGUCUCCAUUCCCCUCCUUCAGCUGGCCCUGCCCCAGACACAGUAGCUGCCCCCUCCUCCCCCCACACACACUUUUGUUCUCCUGUUCUCCUUCAGCAGGGGUGGAAGUUUUGUUCCAGGAAGGGUUCUAUGCCUACCUGUACCUGCAGGCACCAGGAGACUGUAUGUCUUGCCUAAAUGGGAAAGUCUUCUCCAGUGGAAGAGAAGUGGUUUCAGAGCUCCACGCAGUGUUUUGUGAGUUUCAACAGAUGUAGCUUCUAUGUACUAGACGGGCUAAUCCUUUAUAGGCUUUUCAAGAGGCCACAGUACUAGCAAUGGGAAGAACAUGAUGUCAUUUGUGUUCGACGUGAACUGAGUUAAUAGGCCCUUCUUCUGGUGUCCUGGAAACCACAGCAGACCCAUUGAACGCUGCACUCCACCCCAGAACACGGCACGUUCUUUCUCCAUGCAUAUGUGUGCUCCAGUAUUCGUUUCUACUUGGCCUAGAAAACAUUUCUGCAGUCAGAUGAGACUUUAACAAAAGAGAAAAAAAUGCAACACCUUGAACAUGAUGAGAUAUAAGAGCUUACAGUGAGAAAAGGGAUAAUGAUAGGAAUUAUUUAAUAGGUGCACAGUAGGGGGUGAUUGGAUGUGAGCAUGUUACGUUAGGUUAAGUGAAAAUGGGCCCAAUUGCAUUGGCUCUUGUGGGAAUUUGGAAUUACAAAAUAAAAUUCCUGGUGGUUACCCAGCAUACAAAUUAUAAAAGUUUGCAUGUAGAGCAAAGUAAAAAUCAUUGGUAAUAGUGAAUCCUAGAGGCCCAGUGCAGUGAUGGAUUAGUGCUUGGAAACUUCUGAGAAAGGAAUGAGGUCUGAUCAGAUCACAGGAGUUGCACACCCAUUUAGAAAGGAUGGAGUACUGGGUCCUUGUCAAGCUAAGUGGGCUGAUAACAGGAAAAGCAUGAAAGUUUUUGUAAUGAUGUCAUAUGCUAAUUGCACAAAUGUGUAAUUAUCUUUUGAACCCAAAUUAUAGGGACAUUCAAAAGUUUUCUGGUCUUUCCAGUGACAGAGCUAAGAAUUCAGUUGUUAGGAAACCUGUGAAUCUUGAAGGAUUUUCUAAGAAACCUAAAUCAAUAGCAUAUGUGUGAGGGAAGUAAGACUUUAAAAAAAAUAGAAAAAGUUAUAUUUCAUUCCUCAUGUGACUUCAAAUAAGUAUCUAUUUUCUGCACUUAUUUAUUUUUAAAAUUUUUAAAGAAUUUUUUAUUUCUAUUUUUUUAAAUAUGUGGGGUCUUGCUUUGUCACGCAGGCUGGAGUGCAGUGACUAUUCAUAGUUAUACUCAUAUCUCACUGCAGCCCUGAGCUCCUGGACUCAAGCAGUCCUCCAACCCCAACCUCCCAAGUAGCUGGAACUGUAGGCAUGAGCCACUGCAUCCAGCUUUACACGUUUAUUUCUGAUUAGGUGAGACAGUUGGCUCAGAGCUCUUCUAUACCCUCCAAGGUAUCCUUGGCACAGAGGGUCAUGCCUGGUUCCUGCCAGGCUUCACGCUUUUAGUAUACGUAGGUGCUGCCAGCUGCCAGGGGAGAAGGCAUUAUUUAUUUGGAAAUGUCAAUUCCAAUCUCAGCUCUGUCAUUUGACUGCACAGUAUGUGUAUCAGAUGAGCCCCUUAACCUCUCUGUGCCUUAGUUUCUUAGCUUAUGAAAGAGAUUGUUGCCUGACCCAGGGACUACCUCAAGGGCUUUUAGUGAGAACAAAUGAGAGUGAGAAGACUCAAGAGCCUUUAAUGCCAAGGUUCUCAGCACCGACUACAUGCUGGAAUCCCUUGUGAAGCUCUUAAAAAUGUGGGUGCCCACACUUCCCCACUUCCUCCACCACUGGCCAGUUAAAUCAGAACCUCAGACAACAAUAUGUCUUAAGAUGCCUUGAACCCCUGCUCGAGAAGGAAGGGAAGACACAGUAUCACCUUGGAAGAAUUGCGUAAGGCUGAUGGCUUUUAAAACAUCCUUUCUGUUAACACAGUCAUCUCUUUACAAAUGACCAGAUGUUGAUAAUACGUAUUCAUCUGUGAUCUCAGCAGAUUCCCUCUUUGCUUCUCAUCGCAGCUUCUGGUGACUCAGGCGUCCUUUCAUUUACAUAAAUAAUUUAUGAAACUUUCACAGCAAGUGUAAACGGACAUGAAAUUUUAAAUCUGCUAAAUAUGUGUUGAAUCAAUGAAUUAUUGAGAGAAAAGCCCCUUCCCUCACACAUAGUUCCUACGGUAAUUAUAAAUCUGUUUUACCAAGGACAUUUAAGUGCCUCCGUGCCGUAUGAUUUACGGGGAGCAGGUGCUGGCAUACUUACCAGCUGACGUGAUGUUUCCCUAGCUCUUCAGGAUGGUAAUUACAUAUGUGGAAUAUCUGGGAGUGCGGGAGACGGCUGGGAUGGUCAGAACCAGCAUGUGGCAGGGAUGCUACAAAGCACGUUUCAUUACAUUCUACAUUGUGUCAAGUAGAGGGAAUCCAGACUUGUGGGUGUGGUGAGGGGGAGAAGGCAUUAGCAAAGACAGGGCAGCAGAGUGGGUUCUGUGUAGCGUGUGGGUGCUAUAGAGAAAAUUCAGUGAUACACAUGUCUCUGAUCCUGGAUGCAGAAUCUGUACUGAAGAGGAAAUGACUUCUGAAAUAAGGUAAUUUUAUGAAUGUUUAAUAUGCCUGGAGCAUUCAAGUAAAGGAACGAUACUGCAAGUGUCUUCGUCCCCUUUGGUUCUAUCAUCUUGUGGGUGUUGCUGUCCUGGAAUAUCACUGGUGGUUUAAAUCCAUGAUCUCAUCAUUCAAGGGUAAGGAGACUAUUUUCUGUAAAGAGCCAGAUAGUACAUCUGCUAGGCUUUACAAGCCAUAUAGGGUCUCUCUCGUAUAUUCUUUGUCUUUGCCCCUAACUCUUUAAAAAUGCAAACAUUGUUCUAAGCUCAUAGGCCAUUCAAUAGUAGGCCAGAUGGUGCCAUGGUUUGCUGACCCCAGGAUGUUACCCAAUACAUAAACCAGUAGAUCGUGCUUCAGACCUGAUGAGCUGCUCUGGAAGCACUGAGACAGUUUCAGCUGCUGAAAUCCAGCCCCUCAUUUCUCACACGUCUUGUGCAUCAUCUGCCUCAUGACGCAAAUUGUGACGUGUGACCCACGCUGUGAAGGAAAGUCAUAUGUGCAUCAAAUAUGGGGCAGAGGUGGAAGGACGUCCACAAUACCCAGAAGGCCAAGAAGUUCUUGCUAAGUAUUUCACCAAGGCCAGGUCUAUAAAAACCUAUAAACUUCACACACCUUAUGUACUUGUAAGUAGAAAGGGCUUGAUUUAUGCAAACUGCCAUUAACUUACAACUUCCUGUGCAGUAAACCUGAAGGCUUUGGGCUUCUUUUCCGUGUAUGUCUGGCCUGCCUCUUCAUGGCUGCUUCCAGUCCAUAAAUAUACUGCUGGCACAGAAGAAAGUCCUUCCAUGCCAGAAACCCUAGCAUGGGCAUCUUACGCCAAACAAGUUUCAAUGCAACAUGACCCACUCCCACUAGACUUAGAGGAGAUUGCACAGACAGAGCGCAGGGACAAGCAGGCGUGGGCCCAGGCAGGCAGGGAUUUAGGAGCCUGGGUCCGUAAAAAGUUUUUGGAGGGCUUCAUUGAGAGUCUGGUCCAGUUUGCUGUCAGCAGCUGUUUCUUCUCCUUAAAGAAUCUGAAGUUCUGGCUUGGCAUCAGCCACAUACACCAAGGCUGGCAGGUUCGAGCCCAGCCCGGGCCAGCUAAACAACAGUGACAACUGCAACCAAAAAAAAAAAAAAUCUAGGCGUUGUGGUAGCACCUGUAGGCCCAGCUACUUGUGAGGCUGAGGCAAGAGAAUCACUUAAGCCCAAGAGUCUGAGGUUGCUGUGAGCUCUGACACCAUGGCACUCUACUAAGGGCAACAUAGUGAGACUCUGUCUUUAAAAAAAAAAAAAGAAUCUAUCUCCCACAGCCCCAGAAGUUUUCCUCAAGUGUCCCCUGUCUUAGUCCAUUUGGUGCUGCUAUAAUGGAAUACCAUAGUCUGGGUAAUUUAUAAGGAAAGUAAAUUAUUUGGCUCAUGGUUCUGAAGGCUGGUUAAGUCUUUGAUGGGCUGCAUCUCAUGAGGACCUUUUUGCUGCACUAGCCCAAGGCAAAAGGCAUCACAUGGUGAGAAAAGAAAAGGGCUGAACUCAUCCUUUUAUCAGGAACCUACUUCUGAGAUAACCAGCCCACUCCUGCAACCAUGAUAACAUCAUUAAUCCAGUCACCUCUUAAAGGUCCUACCUUUCAAGGUUGCAUUGUGGAUUAAAUUUCCAACACAUCUACUUUGGAGGACACAUUCAAACCAUAGUAAUGCCUAAAGGCAAAGGAAAAUAGGUCCCUAUCCCAUGCAAUACUUGAUGGCACAAUUUGAAGAUGUCUGCAAGAAAAGUUCCUUUUAAAAAUGCAUGAGAUUAGGGUGGCACCUGUGGCUCAGUGAGUAGGGCGCUGGCCCCAUAUACUAAGGGUGGUGGGUUUGAGCCCGCUCCCGGCCAAACUGCAACAAAAAAAUAGCUAGGCAUUGUGAUGGGCACCUGUAGUCCCAGCUACUCAGGAGGCUGAGGCAAGAGAAUUGCCUAAGCCCAAGAGCUAGAGAUUGCUGUGAGCUGUGACGCUGUAGCACUCUACUGAGGGCAACAAAAUGAGACUGUCUCUAAAAAAACAAAACAGGGGCGGCACCUGUGGCUCAAGGAGUAGGGCGCUGGUCCCAUAUGCCAGAGGUGGCGGGUUCAAACCCAGCCCCGGCCAAAAAAAAAAUAAAAAUAAAGAAAGCAAAACAAAACAUGAGAUUAGUAAAGUAUCUCAAAAUGGAAGAAAAAGUAUCCAGUGUACUCAGUACUUUUAUGAAAACAAUUUAUAAUCACUCACACUUUAAUAUGAAAGAUAAAUCACAACUAUAGCCCAGGAUGUAGGAGGGAAGAGAAGGGAGAUGCGAGGGGAGGGGAGAGGUUUGAUGGAAGGAGAAUAAACAGUGGGACCACACCUAUGGAGCAUAUUGCAAGGGUACAUGUCAUAUCUACUAAGUAUAGAAUAUAAAUGUCUUAACACAAUAAUUAAUGGAGACCGUAUAUUAACUAAUUGGAUCUAAGCAUUCCAAAUUGUAUAUAAAAUCAGCACAUUGUACCCCAUCAAAGUAUUAAUGUAUACAUGAUCUAUGUGUAUAUGACUUAAUAAAAAAAUUAUAAUAAAAAGAUAAAAUAUUAAAAAAAUUUUCUCAAAUAUAGCCAUUUCAUAACUCAGGUCAUGAUUAUAUGAAUUAUUAUAGUCCAAAUAAAUAAAAGGAAUAAAGACACAAUAAAAACAUUUUUUAAAAAUUAAAAUGCAUGAGAGGUGGCCAGGCGCAGUGGCUCACACCUGUAAUCCUAGCACUCUGGGAGGCCAAGGCAGGUGGAUUGCCUGAGCUCAUGAGUUCAAGACCAGCCUGAGCAAGAGCAAGACCCUGUUUCUAAAAAAAUAGCCAAGGAUUGUGGUGGGCACCUGUAAUCUCAGCUACUUGGGAGGCUGAGUCAAGGGGAUCACUUGAGCCCAAGAGUUUGAGGUUGCUGUGAGCUAUGAAGCCACACAUUCUACAAAGGGCAACAAAAUGAGACUCUGUCUCAAAAAAAAAAAACAAACAAAAAGGCCGGGCGUGGUGGCUCACGCCUGUAGUCCCAGCACUGUGGGAGGCCAAGGCAGGUGGAUUGCCUGAGCUCAGAGGUUCAAGACCCAUAUGAGCAGCAGUGAGCCAGAGUAAGACCCCAUCUCUACUAACAACAUCAAAAACAGCCAGCACCGCAGGAGAAAGAAGAAAAUCAACAAAAAAGGAGUACUUCAAACAAAGAAGAAUGAACAAGCACACUGAAAUUAAAAAAACAAACAAA